GUGUUAAAUUAUUGUAUAGAGCGAGAAAACACAAGAAAAAAAUAUUGGUACUCUGUAAAUUGUAUAUCAAUCUUUAUGUGUAUCUGUACCUCGAUGUGUUAUUAAAUUUUCAAAUAGUUUUACAAGGAUUGAAAAAAGAUUUUAUUUACGGUUAAAAGUUUUGUGUUUAACCGAAUAAUAAAUUAUCAGUAAAACUCUAGUGGUUGGACAACGCCCUAAUCCAAUAAGACUUUAUUUUUAUUAUAAAAGCAGUGUGGAAACUGGAAAGAAAAACUUUUCAAGUGAAAGAAAAGGGUGUUCGAUGACAUCAUUUUGAGAUAUCAACCGACACGAACAUUUAAUUAAAAACGCACAUAUAUAACGAAAUAUUGAUCGUUUUUAAAAUUUAGAAAGUAAUACGAAAAAGAUGACUACGGACAUAUCGAUUGUUCGUUGGGACCCUAGUCAGGGCCCAGGUUCAGAAUAUAUAGACGAAUAUGAAUACGAUGGUGGGAAUUCUAGUUCGCGUUUGUUUGAACGUUCCCGUAUCAAAGCACUUGCCGUGGAACGUGAAACAGUGCAAAAGAAGACUUUUACCAAAUGGGUCAAUUCACAUUUGUGUCGAGUAAAUUGCAGAAUAGCUGAUCUGUAUGUAGAUAUGCGUGAUGGCAAGAACCUUAUUAAACUGCUAGAGGUACUUUCUGGUGAAAGACUGCCAAAACCUACAAAGGGCAAAAUGCGUAUUCACUGCUUGGAAAAUGUAGACAAAGCAUUGCAGUUUUUGAGAGAUCAGAGAGUUCAUUUAGAAAAUAUUGGCUCACACGAUAUUGUUGAUGGCAAUGCGUCAUUAAAUUUAGGUUUAAUUUGGACAAUUAUUUUGAGAUUCCAGAUUCAAGAUAUUACAAUCGAGGAGGUGGAUAACAAGGAAACAAAAUCUGCUAAGGAUGCUCUUCUUCUUUGGUGUCAAAUGAAAACUGCAGGUUAUCACAAUGUCAAUGUUCGCAACUUCACAACUUCCUGGCGUGAUGGUCUUGCCUUUAAUGCAAUAAUUCAUAAACAUCGGCCAGAUCUGGUUCAAUUUGAAAAACUCUCUAAAUCUAAUCCAAUUCAUAAUUUAAAUAACGCCUUUAAUGUGGCCGAAGACAAGCUUGGUUUGGCCAAGUUACUCGACGCCGAAGAUGUGUUUGUGGAGCACCCAGACGAGAAAUCAAUCAUCACUUAUGUUGUCACUUACUACCAUUAUUUCAGUAAACUCAAGCAAGAGACAGUGCAAGGUAAACGCAUUGGUAAGGUUGUUGGAAUCGCGAUGGAAAACGAUAAAAUGAUAAGUGACUACGAAGGAUUUACAAGUGAUCUUUUAAAAUGGAUUGAAACAACUAUAAUUUCCUUAAGUGGACGCGAAUUUGAAAACUCUCUAACUGGUGUCCAGGGUCAGCUUUCGCAAUUUUCCAAUUACCGCACAGUCGAAAAACCACCUAAGUUUGUAGAGAAAGGCAAUUUGGAGGUUUUGCUAUUUACACUUCAGUCUAAAAUGAGAGCCAACAACCAAAAGCCUUAUAUUCCAAAAGAAGGUAAAAUGAUUUCCGAUAUUAACAAAGCUUGGGAACGUUUGGAAAAGGCUGAACAUGAGCGCGAAUUGGCUCUCCGUGAGGAACUUAUUCGGCAGGAAAAAUUGGAGCAGCUAGCAGCGCGAUUUGAUCGCAAGGCAUCAAUGCGUGAAACAUGGUUGUCAGAAAACCAAAGACUAGUUAGCCAAGAUAACUUUGGCUUUGAUUUGGCAGCAGUAGAAGCGGCAGCUAAGAAACAUGAGGCUAUUGAGACAGAUAUAUUUGCGUAUGAAGAGCGUGUUCAAGCAGUUGUAGCAGUUUGCGAUGAACUUGAAACUGAGAAAUACCACGAUAUAAAGCGUAUUUUGUUGAGAAAGGAAAAUGUUAUGCGUUUGUGGAACUACUUGCUAGAGUUAUUGCGAGCUCGUCGUAUGCGCUUGGAGAUAUCCUUGCAGUUACAACAAAACUUCCAGGAGAUGCUUUACAUCUUAGACAAUAUGGAGGAGAUCAAACAGCUUUUGCUUACUGAUGAUUAUGGCAAGCAUUUGAUGGGUGUAGAGGAUCUUUUGCAGAAGCAUUCUUUGGUGGAAGCAGACAUUAAUGUUUUAGGUGAACGAGUAAAAGUAGUUGUGCAGAACUCCCAGAAAUUCCUUAGUGAUGAUCCUGAUUCAUAUAAACCAUGUGAUCCUGAGAUUAUAGUGAGUCGUGUUCAACAGCUUGAAGACGCUUACGCCGAGCUAGUACGUUUAGCUGUAGAGAGGCGUAGUCGCUUGGAGGAGAGCCGUAAAUUAUGGCAAUUCUAUUGGGAUACUGCAGAUGAAGAGAAUUGGAUUAAGGAAAAGGAACAGAUUGUAAGUGCCGAUGAGAUUGGGCAUGAUUUGACAACAGUAAAUCUGCUUUUAAGCAAACAUAAGGCUCUGGAAUCAGAAAUCACUUCUCACGACAAUCAAUUGCAAAAUGUAGCUAAGGUUGGGGCUGAACUCAUAACUGAGGGUCACUUUGGAGCAGAUCGUAUCAAGGAUCGUCUAAAGGAGAUCCUCUCGAAAUGGGAUCAUCUUCUUGAUCUUACCAAGUAUCGACGCCAGAGGUUAGAAGAUGCUGUUGAAUAUUUCCAAUUGUUUGCCGAUGCAGAUGAUAUUGAUAACUGCAUGUUGGACACUCUGCGACUUGUGUCCAGUGAAGACGUUGGCCGUGAUGAGGCAAAUGUGCAAUCUUUGUUGAAAAAACACAAAAUAGUAGCUGACGAACUUGCGAGCUACGAAGAAGCAAUACAAGCAUUGCACAAGAAUGCAGACAAGCUGACUCUUAAUUCACCGGAAAAAGAUAAAGUAGAUGAGCGUACUAAAGCUAUCGAUUCUAGGUUUGCUGAAUUAUCAGAACUGGCCAAGUUGAGAAAGCAGCGUCUCCUUGAUGCCCUUAGUUUGUACAAACUGAUGUCAGAAGCCGAUGGAGUUGAACAAUGGAUAAACGAAAAAACGAAGAUGCUGGACACAAUGACUCCUGGCAAAGACAUUGAGGAUGUUGAAAUCAUGAAGCAUCGUUAUGAUGGAUUCGAUAAGGAAAUGAAUGCAAAUGCUUCUAGAGUUGCUGUUGUCAAUCAGUUAGCAAGACAGUUGUUACACGUUGAACAUCCUAACUCAAAUGAAAUACUUGCUCGCCAGAAUCACCUUAACCAAGAAUGGUCGAGCUUGAGGGAAAAAGCUGAGGCAAAGAGAGAUGAUCUUAAGUCUGCUCAUGGGGUACAAACAUUCUACAUUGAAUGUCGUGAAACUAUAUCAUGGAUCGAGGAUAAACAAAGAAUCCUUACGGAGACCGAUUCAUUGCAAAUGGAUUUGACCGGAGUAAUGACUUUGCAACGUCGUCUUAGUGGAAUGGAACGAGACUUAGCUGCAAUUCAGGCUAAGCUUACUAGUUUAAGCAAGGAGGCUGAUGCAAUUGAAGCUGAACAUCCAGAAGAAGCUAAAAUAAUACGCGAACGUAUUGCACAGAUCCAACUUAUAUGGGAACAGCUUACACAAAUGCUUAAAGAUCGUGACUCUAAACUGGAAGAAGCCGGAGACUUACAUCGUUUCUUGCGUGAUUUAGAUCACUUCCAGACUUGGUUGACAAAGACCCAAACAGACGUUGCCUCUGAAGAUACUCCUGCAUCUCUUCCAGAAGCUGAAAAACUUUUGAACCAACAUCAAUCGAUCCGGGAAGAAAUUGAUAACUAUACAGAGGAUUACAAAAAUAUGAUGGAAUAUGGAGAAAGGUUAACAUCAGAACCAGGUACCACAGAAGAUCCACAAUACAUGUUUUUGAGGGAGCGUCUAAACGCAUUGAAAGAAGGAUGGGAAGAACUUCAUCAAAUGUGGGAAAAUCGUCAAGUUUUGCUGUCGCAAAGCUUGGAUCAACAGUUAUUCAAUAGAGAUGCUCGUCAAACCGAAGUCCUUCUAAGCCAACAGGAACAUUUCUUAAGUAAGGACGAUACUCCAGUGAACUUAGAACAAGCUGAGAACCAACUUAAGCGUCAUGAAGCCUUCCUAACCACAAUGGAUGCUAACGAUGACAAAAUUAAUACACUUAUCCAGGUUUCAGAAACCCUUGUGGAGAAGGAGCACUUUGAUUCCGAUAAGAUUCAUAAGAGAGCCGAAGUAAUUGGAGACAGGCGUGACGGCAAUCGUGUUCGAGCUAUCGAACAGCAUGAAAAACUCAGAAAUCAGGUUAAACUUCAUGAAUUUCUUCAAGACUUGGAAGAACUCAACGAAUGGGUGCAGGAAAAGUAUGUUACGUCUCAAGAUGAAACUUAUCGCAGUGCAAAAACAAUUCAUUCCAAAUGGACUCGCCAUCAAGCAUUUGAAGCUGAAAUAGCUGCCAAUAAAGAACGUCUAUUUGAAGCGGAAAAAGCAGCUAAAGACUUGAUGGAAGAGAAACCAGAAUUCAAGGAAGUUAUUUCACCAAAACUCAAAGAGCUUUCCAAACAAUUCCAAGACCUUGAGACACACACUAAAGAAAAGGGAGCUAUGUUAUUUGAUGCCAACCGUGAGGUUCUCGUUCAGCAGACAUGCGAUGAUAUUGAUUCAUACAUUACUGAUUUAGAGAAACAGAUUGUCAAUGCUGACACCGGUAACGAUUUGACUUCUGUGAACAUUCUCAUGCAGAAACAACAAGUUAUUCAGACCCAAAUGGCUGUCAAAGCACGCCAAGUUGAAGAGAUCGAUAAACAAACUGAAUAUCUUCAAAAGACUGUUCCAGACGAGAAAUUCGAACCGAUUAUUACCAAGAAAACUGCUGUAUUGGAAAGGUUUGAGCGUAUCAAAGCACCACUAGUUGAGCGGCAGAUUCAAUUAGAAAAGAAAAAGGAAGCCUUUCAGUUUUGCCGCGAUGUCGAGGAUGAAAAACUUUGGAUUGAUGAAAAGCUACCGGUUGCAAAUUCAAAGGACUAUGGAAAUUCAUUAUUUAAUGUUCAUGUCCUCAAAAAAAAGAACCAGUCUCUAGCUACCGAAAUUGAUAACCAUGAGCCAAGGAUAAUGGCCAUUUGCACAAAUGGCCGAAAACUUAUCGAUGAGGGUCAUGAAGAUGCUGAUAAAUUCGAAAACCUCAUUAAGGAACUUACUCAAAAGUGGCAGGAGCUAAAGGACUCUAUUGACAAUCGCCGUAAGCAAUUGGAUCAGUCUGAACAUGUGCAACAAUAUUUCUUCGAUGCUCAAGAGGCUGAAUCGUGGAUGAGCGAACAAGAAUUAUAUAUGAUGGUUGAAGAUCGCGGUAAAGAUGAAAUUAGUGCUCAGAACCUUAUGAAAAAGCAUGAAAAUCUUGAACAAUCAGUAGAAGACUACGCUAAUACAAUUCGUCAACUGGGAGAGGUCGCUCGUCAAUUGACGGCCGAUGAUAUUCCAUUUGGAGAUAGUGUCGCUGUAAAGCAGUCUCAAUUGGAUAAACUGUACGCCGGUCUCAAGGACCUCGCUGGUGAAAGGCGUGCAAGAUUGAAUGAAGCACUUCAACUAUUCAUGUUGAAUCGUGAAGUUGAUGAUUUGGAGCAAUGGAUUACGGAUCGUGAAGUUGUAGCUGGAUCCUCCGAAUUAGGACAAGACUACGAUCAUGUCACCCUCUUGUCAGAACGCUUUAAGGAAUUUGCAAGAGACACCGAAUCUGUAGGAGGAGAGCGAGUUGCAAAAGCAAAUGGCAUCGCUGAUGACCUCAUCAAAGCAGGUCAUUCUGAUGCGGCCACAAUUGCGGAAUGGAAAGAUAGUCUAAAUGAGUCAUGGCAAGAUCUUUUAGAACUGAUUGAAACCCGCACACAGAUGUUGUCUGCUUCUAGGGAGUUGCAUAAAUUCUUCCAUGAUUGCAAGGACGUUCUGAGUCGAAUUGUUGAAAAACAGCAUGGAGUAUCAGAUGAGCUUGGGCGUGAUGCAGGGUCUGUAUCAGCUCUACAACGAAAACAUCACAACUUCAUGCAAGAUCUUAUGACACUUUACACUCAAGUGCAGCAAAUUCAAGAAGAAUCAGCUAAACUUCAAGACUCAUAUGCUGGCGACAAGGCUAAGGAAAUAACAAACCGAGAGCAAGAGGUUCUACAAGCUUGGUCAAAUCUUCAAGCUAUGUGCGACGCUAGAAAAAUGAAAUUAGCAGAUACUGGUGAUCUGUUCCGGUUUUUCAAUAUGAUUCGAAUUUUAAUGAUUUGGAUGGAAGAUGUCGUGAGACAGAUGAAUACAUCAGAAAAACCACGAGACGUGUCAGGCGUUGAAUUGCUAAUGAACAACCACCAAAGUUUGAAAGCAGAGAUAGAUACAAGGGAAGAUAAUUUUUCGGCUUGUUUAUCUCUGGGUAAAGAGCUGCUGUCUAGAAAUCACUACGCAUCGGCUGAUAUUAAGGAUCGUCUAUUGCAGUUGACCAAUAGCCGAAAUGCCUUACUUAACCGAUGGGAAGAACGCUGGGAAAAUCUGCAAUUGAUAUUGGAAGUAUACCAAUUCGCUCGCGAUGCUGCUGUAGCCGAAGCAUGGUUAAUUGCACAAGAACCAUAUUUGUUGUCUGCCGAAUUAGGUCAUACAAUUGAUGAAGUCGAAAACUUGAUAAAGAAACAUGAAGCAUUUGAGAAGUCGGCUGCGGCACAGGAAGAACGUUUUAGUGCACUUGAGCGAUUAACCACGUUUGAACUCAAAGAAAUGAAACGACGUCAGGAGUUAGCUGAAGAGGCUGAACGACAGCGGGUACGGGAAGAAUUAGCAGCUAAAGCUGCAGCUGAAGCAGCUGAGCAAGCUAAACGAGAUGCCGAACAACAAGAUUCCUUAGAUGCUGCGUCUCCCGAUCAAGAUAACGUCGUUAUGAGAUCAUCGCCAACAUUGGAAAAAGAAGGUCCGACCGCCAUCCAAUCAGAAAUUCUUUCGGAAUCCAAACCGCGCAUAAAACGUCACAGUGUUGGGGGAACUAUAAGAAUUGGAAGCCGUUCGCGUUCAAAAAGUCCAUUUAGAAGUUUUAGAUGGAAGCGUAGUUCCUCAAAACUUGGUUCAGAUGACGAUGAAGAACGUACGAGCCAAGCUUUUGAGGAAGGUGUUGAAGGUUAUCUAACUAGAAAACAUGAAUGGGAGUCAACCACAAAGAAGGCUUCAAACCGAUCAUGGGAUAAGGUUUACUUGGUUGCACGCGCAGGCCGCCUUACCUUUUAUAAAGAACAAAAAGGUUACAAAUCUAAUCCAGAAAUUACUUUCCGUGGUGAACCCACCAUGGAUUUACAGGGUGCCUCCGUAGACAUAGCCAGCGAUUACACAAAGAAAAAACAUGUUUUGCGAAUAAAGCUCUCGAACGGUGGAGAAUUUUUAUUACAAGCACAUGAUGACUCUGAAAUGAGCCAAUGGGUGAACGCACUAAAAGGACAGAGCGACCAAUUAGCUAUUGCAGAAGGCCGAUCCCAAACUCUUCCAGCAACAUCGCAGAAAGACGAACCAAAACGGCGGUCAUUUUUUACCCUUAAGAAAAAGUAAAUAAUAUAAACAGAAAGCUUAAAACAAUAUGGAAAAAUCUUAGAUGUUUAAAACUAUAUUUAAAAAAAAAAAAUAACAUAAUUGAUAAUGUUGUAAUUUUAUUUAUGGAUACUACAUAUUUACUAAAAAAUAUUACAUUAUAUUUUAUUGCCUGCCCAGCUGACGUUUAUUUUAUUUACUACUUUAAGUAUAGCUAUUCAAGCAUUU